ACUGCAGGCGCCCUGCAUCCGCAAUUACAACAGCAGAUGGAUGGAGGCUCCACCCUGGUAGCAGGAGCAGCUGCAGUGGUAGGCCAGAUGUCGCCUUGCUAUCCUAGGGGGAAAAAUAAGCAUUUCAAGAAGUGGACUGAAUGGAUAGCUGAUGCAGUAAACAAAAUUAUUUUCUUGGCCAUGAAUUCCGAUCAGAAGCUUGUGUGCGCAGCUGUGAAGGCCCACAUCCGUUUCAAUGCUUUUUCUGCAGAUAAGCUCUGUACCGACAAGUUUUCUGCGAAGUCUGUCGCUGUUGUUAACCGAAGUGACCCGGGAGUCUACGCGCACCCUGCUAGUUCACAUCCACCAAUCCCAGCCAAGUAUUCAGUCCACCCGCCUAUAACGACUAAAGUGAAGUGAAUACAGCUGAGAGACAACGUAAUUUAACCCUCGCCCCUCUACGGACUGUUUGGUGUUGUAAGGUCGAGGCGUUCAGUGUUGUUCAAGUUUCUCCGCUGGUCACGUGAAUGAACUUUGCCUUUGAUUUAGAAAAUAAUAGAAGAAACUUGACAUAUAUCUGAUUGAUUCGCAGCGUACAAUAAGCAAAGUUGAUUAAACAGACACUAAAACGCACGAGAACAGAGUGCUCCUCCACAAGUCCUUCGCUCCUCGACCGUCAGCUUACAAGAUGGAACGCCGGCAGUGGCUCAUCCUGUGUGGCACUUUCGGUGGCUGCGUCGUACUCGUCAUCGUCGCAGUUUCCGCCAUGUCAUACCUAGGAAUCGUGUGAAUGAAGAAGACCUAAGGGUUUCGUCUUCAUGGAGGAGGCACCAGAGGACGAGGACGACGGGGUGGAUGCGCGGCCGUCGAGUGUUUGCUUUGAUGCUCCGGUUUCUGAUUCAAGGCCUUAGUGCGGGAG